UUUCUAAGCUCUGUAACAAAAAUAACAAAAUACGAGCAAAUUUAGUUUCGCCAGGAAAUUAAAAUAAAAAAAUAAAUAUCCCAAAGGAAAAUUUACCAACAAUGUUAAAGAUUUCACCAACUUUCAAUUUAAAUCAGGCUAUAAAGACAAAAUGUGGGGAGAUAUUUUACGACAGCUGUACAGAUUUUUCAAUUGAUUGUUGCUUUUGUGAAGUCAAAUUAUUUUCUUUCGACGAUUUUCUUUUGCAUAUACAAAAUAUACAUUUUGAAAAUAAUUUACUCAAAAUCGAAACAAAAAUGGACGAUUGUAACGAAUUCUUAAAAGAACAGUUUGACGAUGAUACCAGUAAAGUGAAGUUAUAUGUGAAAGAAGAACCAUUAGAAAUUCUUGAUAUUCCCUGUGACUACAAUAAGGAUGAGCACAGCUGUGGUAAUGUUGAGGAUGAUAGUUUUGAAGAGGAUAAUGCCAGUAAAGUGGUGUUUUAUGUGAAAGAAGAAGAACCACUAGAAAUUCUUGAUCUUACCGAUGAGCACAGCUGUGGUAAUAUUGAGGAGGAUGGUGACAGUAAAGUGGAGUUGUAUAAGAACGAAGAAGAAACAUUUGAAAGUCUUGAUCUUUCCUGUGACUACAAUGAGGAUGAGCAGAACUGUGGUAAUAUUGAGGAUGAAGGACUUUUAAAGGUGAUAAAUAUAAAAAAAAGAAGAAGAAUUUCAAAGAAGACUAAAAAAAACUCCGCUAAUAAGAGAGGUGCGGGAGAGUUACAAACUGAUGGGCUGAACUAUGAAACAAUUGAUAAUGAUACACUCUCUAAAGUUCACUGCACAGAAUGUAAGCAGCAAUUUUUACGUAAAGGAGAUCUGGAUAAGCAUGUUUUUGAAGUUCAUAACGGUUACAAAUGCACCAUUUGCGACCAACGAUUCCGUUACCGACAACACCAGAGACGGCACAUAGAAAAUAUACAUAACCCGAAUAGGAAGGAAACUAAUAGACAUAUGAGAAAAAAAACAAUACCUUGUCCCAUAGAAGGAUGCGGGAGAUUUGUUGUAGAUCAGGCACAUCUUAUUUAUCACCUUGAGGUACAUUCAAAUGAACGUGCUUUUGAAUGUGAUUUUAAAAAUUGUCGCAAAGCUUUUCCAACUGCCCAGCGGCUACAUAUCCACAAAUAUACACAUAAUAACAAAUUAAGACAAUUUGUUUGUGAGACUUGCGGCAGGAGAUGUCUUAGUUUUAUGGCAUUGCAGAUACACCAGCGUGUACACAAGGAAGAAAAGCCUUUCGCAUGUCAAAUUUGCAAAAAACGUUUUUCCUUGGAAAAUAAUUUGAAUAUUCAUAUGAUUAAUCAUUCCAGCACACGCCCAUAUGAGUGUGAGGUUUGUCACGCUACGUUCACAAAAGUGGGUAUAUUACGACGGCAUAGAUUUUUACAUUCCGAAGAGAAAAUGUUUAAAUGCAAAUUGUGUGAUAGAGCAUUCAAACAGCCACAUGGCUUGGAUGCCCAUAUGAAACGUUGGCAUAUGGAGCCUAAAUCUAGACAAAAAUAAUGCAAAUAUUUAACAUUUUACAAUUUACGUUGCUGUUGAAACCACUUAUCCCAUAAAUUUAUUUAUUUUUGGAGUAUGGCAUACAGAUAUGAUAUUUACAGUCAAACUCAAUAAAAUUUUCUUUACAAAAGUUACUAAAAUAA